UUGGAAUUGAGGUAUGGGUAUUUGUAACGUGGUAAUUCAUGAGUUGAACCAUCUACAUGCACUUAUGAAGAGAUAGUCUCUUAUCUGUUGAGGCCUAAAGGCAUAUUCCUAAUUCCGUUGACACAGAUGGUCUGCUGAGGCCAGAGGAGGAGGGGAAACUGAGAAGGCUUGCUCUUACAUAAGCUUGAAUAGAGUAGGUCUUUCCCUACUAACGACUAUGGUAAUGGUCCCCGCUCAGUUCAGGUCAAUGAGUUCUCAUUCCCUUUUUUACUUUGAGGUGAAGAGCAUCGGGGCAGAUAAAUUCUUGUCCAAGAAAUACUGAUAACGCAAAUUUCUGUUUGUGUCCACUUACUCUGUUUUCAGUAGUUAUCUUCUGAUCUGUGUUUAUAUUUAUUUAUCCAGUGUAUUGAUACUAAAAUAAAAAUCAGUAUGGCAUCACAAUUGACCUAUUUACGUUCCUGGUCUUAUUGUGAACGAUUCGACACUGCAUGUUAUUACAAAGAGUUUCCCUCCCAAAACAAUAUUCCCUAUCCCAAAAACUAAUCUUAUUGGAGGCCUGCUGGCAUGGAUUUUGGAAAAGGAUUAUCAGGCAGAGAUUGCAGUUGUGUUUCAGGCUGUGUAGGUGGGCUGGAGUGAAGGUUUGGAGGUGCAGGCUGCCGUGUCCAUUCCUUGGCCCUGCAUGGCUGCGAUGGCGCCCGCUCUGACUGACGCCCCAGCCGAAGCCCGCCACAUCCGCUUCAAACUUGCCUCUCCCUCAUCCACCCUGUCCCCCGGCAGCACCGAGAACAACAGCAACGCCAGUAACAUCCUUAUCUCCGACUCAGUCUCAGACUCUGCCGGUAGCCACACCAACGGCAAGUGUCACAUCAACGCCGACGACGGACAGAACUUCGCCCAUUAUCACAGCGUCAAGGGUCAGGAGCAGGACCCCCUGUCUAAAGCCCCGUCUCUGGGCAAGCUGGCACCUUACUUGUGCUCUGAUGUCAAACCAUUGCCCUCGUCCACCAAAGUCAAGGAGUCACUGAAGCUGCAAGGUGUCCUCAUCAAGCAGUCGGUGCUGAAGAGCCACGGCCUGCUGAGCAGCUCCAUAUUCCCCAGCGCUGCUGCAGGCAGCGACUUCCUGCUGCGCAAGCGCCACGCACUUGAGCUGACUGGAGGUCAACUGAAGAGUCUGGUCAACGGUACCGGAGCUGGAAGUACCAUGGUGCCUGUGAACAGACUCUCCAAGAAAGUGGCCGUACCUAGUGCCGCCGUGGCUGAGAAAGGCAGUGUGGCCACAGUGAAUGGAGACAGCAACCAGCCUUCCACCAAUGGGGAAGCGCUGUUAUCCGUGUCCUCGAAGUCUGUUGGUACCUUUGCAACCGGUGGACAGAACGGCGAUGUGAAGCCACAACAGAAUUUGACACCAAGCAUUCAAGGCGUGUCAUCACAAAGGGAGCUCACGGCUUUGUCUGAAAGUGCAGAAGUUAACGCAGAACCGGAGAGUCCCGUUGAUGGAAUGGUAGUCGAAACAAACAGUAACAAUGUCGUCGACUGUCCCUCGUCCCUUAGCUCUUCCCCGGUCCACGAUGACUCAUCCCUUUCGACUCCCAACCUGGAGGCUCUGCUCUGGGAUCGGGCUCAGCAGAGCCAACACAGGCAAACGGACAUCGAAGGCCGCCUGCUGCGUCUUCGCAAGCGGCUGCAGGUGGUGCAGGCCAAGCAGGUGGAACGGCAUUUCAAACAGCAACUUGCUGGUUUUGUGGACCGCACUCUGACCCCGACAUCUAGCCGCAGGGCGGAUCCAGGGGCGUGGAGAGGGUCUCGCGCUUCCGUGGGCACCCACGCACAUAACCUGAGUCGGUUUUUGAAGGGUGGUAGGGUGGCUUUGGAACUGGAUCAACUGCAUCUCAGCGGCACCACGCAUUUACGAGCGACAGAGGCUCAGUUUGACUCGGACGCCACCGAAAGCAGUUCGGGAGGAGAGAGUGACAUCGAGGAGGAGGAGCUUACCAGAGCGGAUGUUGACCAGCGUCAUAUUAAACUAUGGAGAAGAGCAGAAGGGCGCUUUGCCAGGGAAAGAGCCACAAUCAUCAGUCACUGGACAUGGCUGCAGGCUCAGAUAUCAGACCUGGAGUACCGCAUCCGACAGCAGGUCGAUAUCUACCGCCAGCUCCGCGCCAGCAAGGGUCUUGUGGAGCUGGGAGACUCCGUCCCUUCCUGCCAGAGAACCGAGACUAAUGAGAAUGUCCUAACCUCAGCAACAUCCCAUAAUUUCACAGAAUCCCAGUCUCGUUUGACAGACACAUCUGAGAAUGACAUCUCCGUUAGUAGCGUGACAGAAAUGUCCGGCACAUGCCCAUCAAAUCUGGACAGCAGCUGUACCUCCGCACGAACACGCCCACUGUUGACCUGCAGGAGACGACGUCUUAUCCACCCGAACACUGUCCACAAUCUCAACGGCAAGGUUCAGAGAGUGUCUUUUUCACCUCUAUGUGUGUGUGAAGUCAACGGCUCAUGUGUCAUGUGUGGCGGUGCUCCUCCCCUCUCCAAACCAGACUUACCAUUUGAUCGCCCUCUGCUGGAGAGAGUCGCACAUCAAGACUGCAGCAUCCACCCCAUUCUGUCCAUGCAAUCAGAUGUGGCUCUCAGCUUACAAUUGCAGAAGGUUUUGAGGUCUCAUUGGCAGACUCGUCCGUUUGACCGGAUCAAACCACUCAAGAAGAUCUCUCUGAAACACAAGCUCUCCAUCACACCAUCAUCAUCAUCCUCCUUCCUCUCCAAACACAAAUUCAGACUAUCAAACCCACAUGCGGCUGCAGUCCGAUUGGCCCGUCACAAGAGCAGGUCGGAGAGGCUGCACAGGCAGCGAGUGGACAACAUCUCAUGUGUCCCAAAACCGGACACACUCACACCCUGCCGGCCGGAUCGUGUGCUGGACCGUAGUCACAGCAGGAAGAGGGUCAGAGAGCAUUCACUGGACAGAGCAGACUCACCAAAGGUGGUGAUGGAUGCAGGCAGUCCGUGUCCUUCUCUGUCCAGCCUUCACUCCUCCAACACCAGUCCCCUGACCAGACAGCUCUCCCUCCCCGUUGAGAGCAGCACUCCUCUGGGAAACAGCGUGCCCAUACGGAGAAGAAGAGGCGAGAGUCCGUUUGAUAUCAACAACAUCGUCAUUCCAAUGUCAGUGGCCGCCACCACCAGAGUGGAGAAACUUCAGUACAAGGAAAUUCUCACACCGAGAUGGAGGGAAGUGGACAUUUUAGCCAAACCACUGGCAGAGGAAGACACUAACAUCCCGGUGGAGGACCUAUCAGAUGCCACGUUCACUAAACUCCACCAGCCGUUAGAGGAGCAGGAGCGCUCUCGCUGGCGAUGGACGGCUCUCGCACCCGGCAAGAGGAGAGGCAGCAGGUCCUAUAAAUCCCUGGACGGGCGAACGACACCAUCAAUAGUGGGAACGAAUCCUUCGACGCCUCAGCCCUCAUCCCCGGACGCAAGUCACUUCCACAUCCUGCAGGACUACGGGCCGGUGCCGUCACCCCUGAGCCCACCCAGCCCCGACACGCCCUGCUCCCGUGACGCACACACACCUCACACCAGAGACACACACAGACUGCUGUACAGUGAAGACACAUGCGGUUCCACUUCAGACUGCACCUUUGAGGAGACGAUGGUCCAGCCCUGGGAACACAGGAGUUUUCCUUUGUCUGAGGACCCGAUAGUGGAGCCCGAGAUGGACAAGAAUCAACUGAGCUUUCCUACAGGCCUCAGAGACAACGCCCACUGCAGGGCGGAGUCAGAGAGUGACGCUUCCUCGCCGUGAUGAUGAACUGAUAAACUAACAGGAACGACCUUAAAACCACACCUCCUAUGGCAUUAAUUGAGAAAAAAACUCAUACUAAUCAAAACAAACAAACAAAAAAAUCUGUCAGGACUUCUGUUGUUUGAUAUUCAAACAUCACCCAAUUAUUUUCACAGUUUUUAGUGAAUAUUACCGAACAUAGAAAGCUAAACCUGUCUUCUAAAACUCUUUUCUCAGAAGAAAAAUGUAAACGAG